AUGGAUAAUGACUUGGAAUUGGCGAGGCAGAAGCUUGAUCUUGUUUCCUUGGAGAAUCCUAAACCACAACCUGGCGGAGAAUCCUCAACCAAAACUCAUACCUAUCGCUUAUACUCCAAGUGUUUGGUGAGUGAAGAGCUUAUUAAGGAUGAUACAAUGCUGGUCGGUGGUUCAGGUCUGUCCCUUUGUGACUCGAACGAUAACUCGAAAUGGGAGACUAACAAAGCUCUGAGAAACAGAGUGCUGUUGGCGCACCCUGAAGCUGCGGAAUUGGCUGCCAUAAUUUAUGGGCUGAAAUGGGCGUUGGAACUUGGUGUGGAAAGUAUCCAAUUCUUCUGUGAUGAUUCCAUGAUCUUGGAUUACUUAACACAUAAAGCUGCACCAAACGAGUCCAUUGUAGCAACACUUUUGGAGAAAGUGGUUCUUCUUCAGACAAGAUUCACGUCUUGCCAGGCACUCGCUGCGCGCAGAGACAUCAAUUCUGUCAUUAAGCUCGCAAGAGAUGCUAUAGCUUCCCAAACCAGAUGGCGUGACGGUGACACCAACACCGAGUAUGAGACUUGUCCAGCCUGCUAUGCACACGUUUCACCUCGUGACAAACUUGAGGUGAGCGGUUGCUUCCACCGUAUCUGCUAUACGUGCAUAAGGGACUGUGUCUCAUCCGAACUAGCACGAGGGGACACAGUACUCUGCCCUUACCCGGAUUGCAAGAAAGAACUUGUGCUAGAGGAUUGUAGAGGUAUUGUUGAUGAUGAUGCUAUUAAUCUUAUGAUCCACCGCAAGAAAGAGAAGGCGAUCCCCAUUUUAGAUAGAGUCUAUUGUCCCAAGCCUUCUUGUAACUUUUUGAUGUCGGACCGCGACCUCGCGCUGGGCUACUCCAUUGAUCCUCGGCAGAAGUCAGUAGCACGCAAGUGCGUGGAGUGCGGCUUGUGUUUCUGCAAAAAAUGCCAUGUUCCAUGGCACUACAAGAAGACGUGCGAUGAGUUCAAGAAGUCAGAGUCUUACCUGACAUCUGACGCGGCGCUUUUCGAGUCUUUAGUGAAGACACAGGGAUGGAUGAAGUGUCCCCAGUGUGCGACCGUCGUUCAACAAAAUGGCGGGUGCAAACGCAUUACCUGCAGACAUUGCAACCACAAGUUCUGUUACACAUGUGGGGCUGCGUGUACAAAGAAGAAAAUGACAUGCAAAUGCCGCCCUGUGGAUUGA